AUGAGGGUCUUCUCAUAUUCACUCCCAUUCAUUGCGGGCGCAAUUUCCCUUCUUGCUCAAGAGGUUCAAGCCCGCUCGCAAUCGCCAAAUGCUAUCCAACACAUUUCAACAUUAGACCACCCGACAAUUCAGACGCCCUCGAAUCGUGUGGACCAUCUGUCAAACUUCGACAUCACUUUCAGUCUCCGGGAUCGAAAUCAACGAGUCAAGCUCGAAUUGGAGCCGAAUCAUGACAUACUGGCGGCUGAUGCAUACGUACAAUACCUCGAUGCUAACGGGAACAUUCGACGAGCGGAGCCCAUUUCACGACAAGACCACAAAGUCUUCAAGGGAAGGGCAUUAGUGGGUCGAGGACAGAGCAUGUGGGACCCAGUUGGGUCGGCGAGAAUAUAUCUCAAGCAUGAUGGCGAUCAGCCCCUGUUUGAAGGCGUAUUCAGUGUGCAUGGGGACAACCACCACGUCGAAUUGAAGUCAACCUAUCUGCAGAAGAAACGCAAGCAAGAUGCCGAUAUUGUCGACACCAAGGGAGAAUAUAUGGUUGUAUAUCGCGACUCGGACAUGUACCGCAUACACACGGAGCUCAAACGAUCGGUUUUGGGGACGACAUCAUGCCAAGCUGACCAGUUGGACUUCAACAUGGAUCCAAAUCACCCAGUCCUCUCAUCCUACGAGACGGAUACGAGUCGCUGGGGCGCCAUGUCGGUGAAUUCUCUACUCGGACUCAGCAGGCGGCAAUCGGAUACCGGCAGCGUUUCUGGGAAUUCGGGGACCGUGAAUCUGGCGUCAACCAUUGGUGAUACCUCAGGCUGCCCAAAUACAAAGCAGGUGGCAUUAAUCGGAGUCGCUACGGACUGCUCCUUUACGGGGUCGUUUAAGAAUGAAACCGCCGCCAAGCAAUGGGUCAUCAGUACGGUCAACAGCGCUUCCAGCGUCUAUGAGAAGUCUUUCAACGUCUCGAUCGGCCUCCGCAAUCUCACCAUGUCCGAGAGUUCCUGCCCUGAUAACCCACCCGCAGCCACGGCUUGGAAUAUGCCCUGCUCGAGCGGCAACCUCACCUCCCGUCUGAACUUGUUCUCGGAGUGGCGCGGCUCACAUAGUGACUCCAACGCAUAUUGGACGCUCUUUAGUGAUUGCCCGACCGGGAGCGAAGUGGGCGUGUCCUGGCUGGGCCAGCUGUGCAAUGCGGAUGUGACCACCAGCGGCGCCAAUUCCGUCAGUGGAGCCAAUGUCGUCGUUCGCUCUUCGGGUGGUGGUUGGCAGAUUUUUGCCCACGAAACCGGCCAUACCUUUGGUGCGGUGCACGAUUGUGACUCUGAUACUUGCCAGCAGAAUCUGGAGUCCUCGUCUCAAUGUUGUCCCUUGACCUCGACCACAUGUGAUGCGAGCGGCAAGUAUAUCAUGAAUCCGACCACCGGCACCGACAUCACCUCCUUUUCGCAGUGCACCAUCGGGAAUAUCUGCUCAGCCAUCGGGCGUAAUAGUGUCAAGUCGAGCUGUCUUUCAGUGAACCGUGGCGUCACCACUUACACCGGCAGCCAGUGUGGGAAUGGCAUCGUCGAGGAAGGCGAGGACUGUGACUGUGGUGGCGAGGCGGGCUGCGGCGACAACAAGUGCUGCAACCCCACGACUUGUAAAUUCACAUCGGGAUCUGUAUGCGAUGAUUCCAAUGACAGUUGCUGCUCCUCCUGCCAAUAUGCUUCUGCCGGCACGGUCUGCCGGGCAAGCCGGGGUGAAUGCGACGUGGCCGAGACCUGCAGCGGCAACUCCAGCUCAUGCCCGACGGACUCAUACGAAGCUGACGGCGCAAGCUGUGGUAGUAGCGGAUCUGGUCUCAAGUGCGCCAGUGGGCAAUGCACCAGCCGCGACUAUCAAUGCCGCAGUGUCAUGGGCAGCGUCCUGCACGAGAACAAUACGUACGCUUGCUCAGCCUAUAGCUCCUCGUGCGAGCUGAUCUGCAGUUCCAGUUCGAUGGGUGGUCAAUGCGUGGGCUUCAACCAGAACUUCCUCGAUGGCACUCCUUGUGGGAGUGGCGGCCACUGCAGCAACGGUGACUGUAAGGGACAGAAUGUCAAGUCUUGGAUCAACGACCACAAGGCCAUUGUCAUUGGGGUUGCUUGUGCCGUGGGAGGCUUGUUGCUUCUCGCCCUGGGGUCUUGCUUGCUCCGUCGCUGUCGUCAGUCGCGGCCGAUGGCGCGCCCUGCACCUCGACCACCCUAUGGGCCUUGGAACGGGGGGAUGCCUCCGCCCCCGGCAAUGAACCAAUGGCCCAACCCUCCGCCGGCUCCAGGCUACCAGGGCAUGUCCUCGCCUCCGCCGCCAUAUCCCGGACCGGGAGGACCGCCGUACCCGCAACAUCCGCCGCAAGGGCGAUUCGCAUGA